UAUAUACGAACUGCGAUUAAGUUAUGACUCACAGUAAGUGUUAGUCACUGAACAGACGUAAUCAAGACGUACAGCUACUCAACAAAUUGCAUAUCACACAACUAAAAAUGUCCUACGACGAAGAUUUCCAGAAAUGGAUCAAAAAAGUAAUGUUAAAAAUCAUUGAAAGUUUCGGUCCACACAUCGAUGAAGCUCAGUACGAGAUAACCGAGUCUACCGACGUUUUUAUGUCCAAUAUGUAUUAUGCGUGCGUCAAGUUUAAAAAUAGACUGACUCAGAAUGAAGAACAUUUUAUAAUACUGAAAAGACCUAAACAGUUAGAAGUCUGGAGACAGAUGACGGGCAGCGACCUGCAAUUUCACAACGAAAUAUUGUUUUACCGAACAUAUGCUCGACCGGAUGAGAAUUUUCCGAGAUGUUUCUACGUCGACGAGAAGCCACCUAUGGACUCAGUAAUUGCUUUGGAGAACGUCAGUAAACGAGGGUACUGUCCUUAUUCGUACAAAUACAACAUUCCGUUAGAAUACACAUUAGCGGCGAUGCGCGAGAUAGGACGCUUCCAUGGCAAAGGAUAUGUCAUGAAGGAACUGCAGAAAGAAAAGUUCUUCGAUAUCGUAGGACAGCUUCAAGACAAUAGGUUUGACGAGAAGUUUGACGAGUUUAAGCUUCUUAUCAAUUCUCAGGCAACGCGAGCAGUAGAAUAUCUUCGCAGCCACAAUCAUGACGCGAUUUUCUGCGACAAAAUGGAAGCUUUACUCUCGAAUGCAUUCGACGAAGUGAUGGUAAAGACCAUUAAACCACUAGAACCUUUAUCCACAAUGUGUCACGGCGAUUUUACGUUGACUAAUGUUCUCUUUAAGAGAAAAGAUGAUGGACAGCAACAUGCAAUGCUGAUCGACUUCGCGCUAUGUAGGUAUUCGACUCCCGUCAUUGAUCUCUCUACGUACAUUAGUUUGCACUGGCAUGAAGUAACGAAAGACAAAUUCUUCGAUAUAAUGCAUGUUUAUCAUGACGCGUUAAAAGAAUAUCUGUUAGAGGCUGGCAUUUGGAAUAUCGAUAAGUACUCGUACGAUGUUUUCCUUGACGAUUACAAGAGAGGUGGUCUCUUCGGUUUCGUUAUUGCAUCUUUUUUCUUACCAAAAUUAAUGGGAUAUUCCUCUAUAGAUGGACAACAAAUAAUAAAAAUGAAUUACGCAGAAUAUUGUAGGAUAUUGAAGCAGGAGGGUGGAGAUGAAAUAUCUAAGACCUUAGCUGAUAUAUUGCUAUAUUUGAGGGAUCUUGGUUGCUUAAAACCCUUUAUAUAAUGGUG